UCUCUCCUGCGAGGCCACCCGACGCAGAAGUGCGACUUCUGGAGACUUUCAUUCAAGAGGCCGCCGGGGCCGUGGACGGGGAGGGCGCGCCGCCCGGCGGUCCCGGCGCACAGACGAGCGAGAUGAGGGUCAAUGAGAAGUACUCCACGAUCCCGGCCGAGGACCGCAGCGUCCACAUCAUCAACAUCUGCGCCAUCGAGGAGGCCGGCUACCUGCAGUCCGAGGGCACGCUGCUGAACUCGCUGUCCGUGAACCCUGACGCCAAGUGCAGGUAUGGCCUGUACUUCCGCGAUGGCAAACGCAAGGUGGACUACGUCUUGGUGUACCAUCACAAGCGGGGCUCGGGCAGCAAGACGCUGGCCAGGAGGGUCCUGCAGAACGACGCCGCGCUGGGCGCCUGCAGCGGCCGGCAGGAGCAGCCCCUGCCCGGGAAGAGCGGCCCCGGGGGCAAGGGCGAGCAGGAGACCCAGAUGGACUUCUACGAGGAUGACAAGCGGUUCCGCAGGGAGGAGUACGAGGGGAACCUCCUGGAGGCGGGUCUGGAGCUGGAGCGCGACGAGGAGACCAAAAUCCACGGCGUCGGGUUUGUGAAGAUCCACGCGCCCUGGAACGUGCUGUGCAGGGAGGCGGAGUUUUUGAAACUGAAGAUGCCGACCAAGAAGCUGUAUCACAUCAACGAGACGCGGGGCCUCCUGAAGAAGAUCAGCUCGGUGCUCCAGAAGAUCACGGACCCCAUCCAGCCCCGGGUGGCGGAGCACAGACCCCAGAGCAUGAAGCGGCUCUCCUACCCCUUCUCCAGGGAAAAGCAGCACCUAUUUGACCUGUCUGACAAGGAUUCCUUUUUCGAUAGCAAAACCCGGAGCACAAUAGUCUAUGAAAUUCUGAAAAGAACAACGUGUACCAAAGCCAAGUACAGCAUGGGGCAAGGAGAGGGAAGAAAGAAGGACUCUGCCCUUCUAAGUAAAAGGCGGAAAUGUGGCAAAUACGGCAUCACCAGCCUGCUGGCCAAUGGCGUUUACUCGGCUGCCUACCCUCUGCACGAUGGAGACUAUGAAGGUGAGGACGUGGAGUUCAACGACAGAAAACUCCUGUACGAAGAGUGGGCCAGCUACGGCGUCUUCUAUAAGUACCAGCCCAUCGACCUGGUCAGGAAGUACUUUGGGGAGAAGAUCGGCCUGUACUUCGCCUGGCUGGGCGUGUACACCCAGAUGCUCAUCCCCGCCUCCGUGGUCGGGGUCAUCGUUUUCCUCUAUGGAUGCGCCACCGUCAAUGAGAACAUCCCCAGCAUGGAGAUGUGUGACCAGAGCCACAACAUUACCAUGUGCCCGCUGUGCGACAAGACCUGCAGCUACUGGAAGAUGAGCUCGGCCUGCGCCACGGCCCGGGCCAGCCACCUCUUCGACAACCCGGCCACCGUCUUCUUCUCCAUCUUCAUGGCUCUCUGGGCCGCCACCUUCAUGGAGCACUGGAAGCGCAAGCAGAUGCGCCUCAACUACCGCUGGGACCUCACAGGCUUCGAGGAGGAGGAGGAGGCCGUCAAGGACCAUCCCAGAGCUGAGUACGAAGCUCGAGUUUUGGAGAAGUCACUUAGGAAAGAAUCCAAGAACAAAGAGAAGCGCCGGAAAAGGCAAGAAGAUUCAACAAACAAAUGGAAGCAGAGGGUUAAGACAGCCAUGGCGGGGGUGAAAUUGACUGACAAGGUGAAGCUGACCUGGAGAGACCGGUUCCCCGCCUACUUCACCAACUUGAUGUCCAUCGUCUUCAUGAUCGCGGUCACCUUCGCCAUCGUCCUUGGAGUCAUCAUCUACAGAAUCUCCACAGCCGCCGCCUUAGCCAUGAACUCCUCCCCCGCCGUGCGGUCCAACAUCCGGGUCACGGUCACGGCCACCGCGGUCAUCAUCAACCUGGUGGUCAUCAUCCUGCUGGACGAGGUCUACGGCUGCGUAGCCCGGUGGCUCACCAAGAUCGAGGUCCCCAAGACGGAGAAGAGCUUCGAGGAGAGGCUGAUCUUCAAGGCUUUCCUGCUGAAAUUCGUCAACUCCUACACCCCCAUCUUUUACGUGGCUUUCUUCAAAGGCCGGUUCGUGGGGCGCCCCGGCGACUACGUGUACAUCUUCCAGUCCUUCCGCAUGGAAGAGUGCGCCCCGGGCGGCUGCCUGAUGGAGCUGUGCAUCCAGCUCAGCAUCAUCAUGCUGGGCAAGCAGCUCAUCCAGAACAACCUGUUCGAGAUCGGCAUCCCGAAGAUGAAGAAGUUCAUCCGCUACCUGCGGCUGAAGCGCCAGAGCCCCGCCGACCACGACGAGCACAUGAAGAGGAAGCAGCGAUACGAGGCGGACUUCACGCUGGAGCCGUUCGGGGGCCUCACCCCGGAGUACAUGGAGAUGAUCAUCCAGUUUGGCUUCGUCACCUUGUUCGUGGCGUCCUUCCCCCUCGCCCCGCUGUUCGCGCUGCUGAAUAACAUCAUCGAGAUCCGCCUGGAUGCCAAAAAGUUCGUCACCGAGCUGCGCAGGCCGGUGGCCGUCCGGGCCAAAGAUAUCGGAAUCUGGUACAACAUUCUCAGAGGCAUCGGGAAACUUGCCGUCAUCAUCAACGCCUUCGUGAUCUCCUUCACGUCCGACUUCAUCCCCCGCCUGGUGUACCUGUACAUGUACAGCCAGAACGGGACCAUGCACGGCUUCGUCAACCACACUCUCUCCUCCUUCAACGUCAGCGACUUCCAGGAGGGCACGGCCCCCAACGACCCCCUGGACCUGGGCUACGAGGUGCACAUCUGCAGGUACAAAGACUACCGGGAGCCCCCGUGGUCGGAGCACAAGUACGACAUCUCCAAGGACUUCUGGGCCGUCCUGGCGGCACGGCUGGCCUUCGUCAUCGUCUUCCAGAACCUGGUCAUGUUCAUGAGCGACUUCGUGGACUGGGUCAUCCCGGACAUCCCCAAGGACAUCAGCCAGCAGAUCCACAAGGAGAAGGUGCUGAUGGUCGAGCUGUUCAUGAGGGAGGAGCAGGGCAAGCAGCAGCUGCUGGACACCUGGAUGGAGCGGGGCCCGAAGAAGGACGAGCCCUGCAGCAACCACAGCCCCGAGGCCGCCCCGGACGGCCCCGAGCACCAGGGCGGCGCCCUGUAGCGGCCCCGGCGCCCGACCGACCGGUACCUCUCCCGGGCAGGCAGCCCACCCCCACCAGGUCGGGUGGCUCCUGUGUUUGCAGCAAACCUUGAAGACCACCUUCUGAUAAGACAACAUUUUUUAAAAUCUUUUUUUCUGGGGUUGUUUCUUUUUUUUUUUUUCCCCUUGUUUUUGCACAAAACCAUUAUGCAGGGAAUUUUUUAUCUUGACUCUCGGAGUUCAUCAGAACGGUUGCUGGGACGGGGCGGUGCACGCGGCAGAGGCGGCCUUGGCAGGGCAGUCCUGGCGUCUCCCCCCCGCGGCGGCCAUGAGCAGAGGCGCCGGGGAGCACCUCCCGUCAUCCCCCCCGGCGCCCUGACAGGUGGGAAUGGCAUCCGAGGCCCUGGGCACAUCUGGUGCCACGUGGAGGGGGAACGGAGAAGCGGGCAAGGACUGAGCCAUUGGAGACCAGGUCCCUGAGACCUCACCUGCCUCUAGGUCCGGAGAGCGAGCCCAUUCCCAUCCCCCUUUCUGUAGGCUCAGAAGCAGGCACUCUGGUCAGGAGCGGUGGCCUGGCCAUGUCAGCCAGAGGGCGUGGGAGCGUCCAGCUUACUCCUGAGAGCCAGCGGGGGCAGGUCCCGCCGGGAGCCACACCUGCCCCCUACCCCACCCCACCCCACCCCUGCGCCGGGAGCUGGCCUCACAGCUGUCCCCUUUCCUCAUGGACAAAGCCCAGUGACAGGACAACAGGGUGUGAGCAGUCACGCGGAGGCAUCUGGGGGCGACAGUGGUUUCAGGAAGUCUGACGGCUCCCAGGGAUCGGUCACAGCUUUAGGAUAUUUAUGGAGGGUCUGUUUCUUUUUUCUUUUUUUUUUUCCUAAUCGAUUCUAUGGUGGUGGGUUUGAAGGGUUUCUUUUCCUGUAGCUCAAAGGUGGAAGGAAUUUCUUUUACUAGUUAACCAAAUAUCGUUGAGAGGAAUUUCAAAUACUGUUACUACCAAAGAUUUUUAUUAAUAAAGCCUUCUAUUUUGGUAACACUUCUCUAUAUUUUUACUCAUAGGAACGUUCCUGUUGGACAGUUAGGAUUUUAAGAGCUUUGUGCACACAGGUCUUGCGGGUGACGGGGUCCAAGUCUCGAGCACCCAGAGAAACACGGGAGGGGAAGGAGAUACACCGUGUUUGUCGCGACCGCGGGGCGGACGCAGCGCUGACAUCCCGCCAGCUGCCUGCUCUGUUCAUAGUCUGCAGGCGGCGACGUCCCUCGUGUGCUAAAAUGGUGCCGUCGGAUGCUUCUGUGUUCUCAUGUACAGGACGUUGUUUGACAUGGGGGUUUUGUAUACGAACAUUGUAUUAAAAACUAGGUGAUUACCAAAAAUC